CAGAUCAGAGGAGCCGGGAGCGGGAGCAGCGCCGGAGCCGGGACGCGAAGGCGAGCGGCGGCAGCAGCAGCAAGAGACAGACAAGAGACACAAGGCAGUAAGACGCGAAAGCAGCAAGACACGGAGAGGAAAAAAAAAAAAACAACAAAAAAAACACCCAACCGACAAAACGCCCUGAUCGACACAUCCGUAAAAGCAGAAUGAUGAUGAUGAUGCUAAUAGCAAUAAAAGAAGAAAAUGAAAGACAUUUAAUAGAAGAGAGAAACAUCUGAAGUCGUCAUAUAUUAAAAAAAAAAAAAAAAGGAAAAAAAAAAAAGAGGAAAUCCCAGAGACAUCAGGGAAUGAAAGUUUUGGGUAGCAAAGCUGUUCUCUGCCUUUUUUUUUUUUUUUUUUUAUUGAAAUCUUUUUGCGGUUAAUUUUUUUCUUUUUCAAUUUCGCGGUUUUCUACCUUUUUCUUCCAUCUAAAGAGGGUAUGUCCACCGGCUGUUCCAGCAGCAUCUACCCCUCCAGUUCCCACCAGGAAGACAAACCGAGGACAAUCUUGAAAUAUAAAAAUUUCCUCCUUGGGAUUUGCUGCUGCUGCUGCCCUCCGCCGCCACUGCUGCUGCCGCGGUGCAGUGCCAAGACUCUCGGAAUAAAUAAAAGCGGGCUACUGUGUAUCUCUAGCUACAGCAGGCUAAUAGCUAUUAUUAGUUGGUCAUUUAUUUCGAAGAUCACAGAUGAAGUGGGGACGCCUGUCUUCUUCAUUUGGUCAGCGUGUGAAAUAAUAAUACCCGUAACAAAAAGGAGGGAGAUGGGGGAGAGAAAAAUCCUAACAUGAAUCAGAAGAAAUAGUAUCUAGCACACCCCCUCCCCCCACAGAUCAACCUCCCCCCCCCUUCUCCCAUUUUCUUUCCCCCUCCCCCGAUCCCGCUCUCUCCACACACACUUGCAGGCGCGGACACGCACACACACAGACGCACACACAGACGCGCAUACACACACACUGUAGUGUGUAUUUUCGGAGGAGGAGGAGGUGGUGGUGGUGGCUUUUGGAAGAGGAGGAAGAGGUGGUGUCGGGGAGGGGGGGAUCUCUUUCCCCGUUUGGAGAUGAUUGUGCUAUUCCUCUUUGCCUUGCUCUGGAUGGUGGAGGGGGCUCUUUGCCAACUCCAUUACACGGUGCAGGAAGAGCAGGAGCAUGGCACGUUCGUGGGGAAUAUCGCCGAGGACCUGGGCUUGGACAUUACAAAACUUUCGGCUCGGCGCUUCCAGACGGCGCCCAACUCCCGCAGCCCUUACCUGGAGCUCAACCUGGAAACCGGGGUGCUCUACGUGAACGAGAAGAUCGACCGGGAGCAGAUCUGUAAGCAGAGCCCCUCCUGCCUGCUGCACCUGGAGGUCUUCCUGGAGAACCCCCUCGAGCUGUUCCGGGUGGAGAUCGAGGUGCUGGACAUCAACGACAACCCGCCCUCCUUCCCGGAGCCUGACCUCACCGUGGAGAUCUCGGAGAGCGCCACACCGGGCACCCGCUUCCCGCUGGAGAGCGCCUUCGACCCCGACGUGGGCACCAACUCCCUGCGCACCUACGAGAUCACCCCCAACAGCUACUUCUCCCUCGACGUGCAGACGCAGGGGGACGGCAACCGCUUCGCCGAGCUGGUGCUGGACCAGCCGCUGGACCGGGAGCAGCAGGCGGUGCACCGCUACGUGCUGACGGCGGUGGACGGCGGGCAGCCCCAGCAGCGCACCGGCACCGCCCUGCUCACCGUCAGGGUGCUGGACUCCAACGACAACGUCCCCGCCUUCGAGCAGCCCGUCUACACCGUGUCGCUGCCGGAGAACUCCCCGCCGGGCACCCUGGUGCUGCAGCUCAACGCCACGGACCCCGACGAGGGCCAGAACGGCGAGGUCAUCUACUCCUUCAGCAGCCACAUCUCGGCCCGCGCCCGGGAGCUCUUCGGCAUCGCGCCGCGCACCGGGCGGCUGGAGGUGAGCGGUGAGCUGGACUACGAGGAGAGCAACGUGUACCAGGUGUACGUGCAAGCCAAGGACCUGGGGCCCAACGCCGUGCCGGCCCACUGCAAGGUGCUGGUGCGGGUGCUGGACGCCAACGAUAACGCGCCCGAGAUCAGCUUCUCCACCGUCAAGGAGGCGGUGAGCGAGGCGGCGGCGCCGGGCACCGUGGUGGCCCUCUUCAGCGUCUCGGACCGCGACUCGGAGGAGAACGGGCAGGUACAGUGCGAGCUGCUGCAGGGCGACGCGCCCUUCCGCCUCAAGAGCUCCUUCAAGAACUACUACACCAUCGUCACCGAGGGGCCGCUGGACCGCGAGCAGCCGGGCGGCGACGCCUACACUCUCACGGUGGUGGCCCGGGACCGCGGCGAGCCGCCGCUCAGCACCAGCAAGUCCAUCCAGGUGCGGGUGAGCGACGUGAACGACAACGCGCCGCGCUUCAGCCAGCCCGUGUACCAGGUGUACGUGAGCGAGAACAACGUGCCCGGCGCCUACAUCUACGCCGUCAGCGCCACCGACCGCGACCAGGGCGCCAACGCCAGGCUCGCCUAUUCCAUCCUGGAGAGCCAGAUCCAGGGCAUGUCCGUCUUCACCUACGUCUCCAUCAACUCCGAGAACGGCUUCCUCUACGCGCUCCGCUCCUUCGACUACGAGCAGCUCAAGGAGUUCAGCUUCCAGGUGGAGGCCCGCGACGCCGGCGAGGAGCCGCAGCCGCUGGCCGGCAACGCCACCGUCCACAUCAUCGUGGUGGACCAGAACGACAACGCCCCCGCCAUCGUCAGCCCCCUGCCCGGCCGCAAUGGCACCCCGGCGCGGGAGGCGCUGCCCCGCGGCGCCGAGCCGGGAUACCUGGUGAGCCGGGUGGCGGCAGUGGACGCCGACGACGGGGAGAACGCCCGCCUCACCUACAGCAUCGCGCGGGGCAACGAGGCCGGGCUGUUCCGCAUGGACUGGCGCUCCGGGGAGCUGCGGACGGCCCGCAGGGUUCCGGCCAAGCGCGACCCGCAGCGCCCCUACGAGCUGGUCAUCGAGGUGCGCGACCACGGGCAGCCGCCGCUCUCCUCCACCGCCGCCGUCCAGGUGGUGCUGGUGGACGGGGCGGGCGAGCGGCCCGGCGGCGGCGGCGGCCCGGGCGCGGGGACGGGCGCGGGGGGCGGCGGAGGCGGCUCUGGAGAGCAUCGCCCCAGCCGCUCCGGGGGGGAUACCUCGCUUGACCUCACCCUCAUCCUCAUCAUCGCCCUGGGCUCCGUCUCCUUUAUCUUCCUGCUGGCCAUGAUCGUCCUGGCCGUGCGCUGCCAGAAGGAGAAGAAGCUCAAUAUCUACACCUGCCUGGCCAGCGACUGCUGCCUGGGCUGCUGCUGCUGCUGCCCUUGCUGCAGCCGGCAGGCGCGGGCCCGCAAGAAGAAGCUCAGCAAGUCGGACAUCAUGCUGGUGCAGAGCUCCAACGUGCCCAGCAACCCGGCGCAGGUGCCGGUGGAAGAGUCGGGCAGCUUCGGUUCCCACCACCACAACCAGAACUACUGCUACCAGGUCUGCCUCACCCCCGAGUCCGCCAAGACCGACUUGAUGUUCCUCAAGCCCUGCAGCCCCUCUCGCAGCACCGACGCCGAGCACAACCCCUGCGGGGCCAUCGUCACAGGCUACGCCGACCAGCAGCCCGACAUCAUCUCCAACGGCAGCAUCUUGUCUAGCGAGACGAAACAUCAGCGUGCUGAGCUCAGUUAUCUAGUUGACAGACCCCGACGAGUAAACAGUUCUGCAUUCCAGGAAGCAGACAUAGUAAGCUCUAAGGACAGUGGUCAUGGAGACAGUGAGCAAGGAGACAGUGAUCAUGAUGCCACUAAUCGAGGUCAAUCCUCUGGCAUGGAUCUCUUCUCCAAUUGCACGGAGGAAUGUAAAGCACUGGGCCACUCAGAUCGGUGCUGGAUGCCUUCCUUUGUCCCAUCCGACGGACGCCAAGCUGCAGAUUACCGCAGCAAUCUGCACGUACCUGGCAUGGACUCUGUUCCAGACACUGAAGUGUUUGAAACACCAGAAGCCCAGCCGGGGGCAGAAAGGUCCUUCUCCACCUUCGGCAAAGAGAAGGCCCUUCACAACAGUCUGGAGAGGAAGGAGUUGGAUGGACUGCUGUCUAAUACACGAGCGCCUUACAAACCACCAUAUUUGAAACAUGGGUGGCAGCAGAAUAAUCCCCAUCCUCCAUCCCCCAGCCCCAGCCCCAGCCGUGUGUCUCACCCUUUACCUGGAUGCACCGCUACGAAGGCACUUGCCAUCUCUGGAUCUCAAAGUGGAUUAUAAAGAAUAGUGAUUUAAACCUUCCUGCACCUCUAGGAGAUAGAAGUGUCUUUCUUUCUUUCCCGCAGCACGGAAAAGGAUAUGCUAGUCACUUCUACAGGACUUACCUGAAGCAGCAUGAUUUGCACAAAAGUCGACCAACAAAAAGCAUCAACUUUCAACUUCAUUAUCUUGGCCAUCCAGUUCUGUGUAACUGAAGGAUUUGUGUGCUGUUGGAGACAUCAUGGCCAACAAUAGGACCUAAUUGCUCUCAGCAGGCCUGAGAAAUGAGUUGAAAUGUGUAGAACUGUAGAAACUUCAGAGGCAACUGAUCUUGCCUCUCUGAUCAGUGUGUGCCUGUUUACAGCACUAUAUAUCUUUCUCUCUCCAAAAUGUCACUGAGCCCUUUAGAUGUUUAUAUUCACCACAAGAAGCCAAUCGUACAGAUAAAAGAGAUGUGCAUUAUAAAUGCAAUAUCACUGUUUUAAACUUGACUGUUUUAUAUUAUUUUUGUGUGAUCGAGUGUUCCCCAAACUAUUCCAACUUUACAAGAGAGAUUGUGAUCAUGUUCUUUUCACCUGUGGGUCAUAAAAAUGUUGUUAAUCUGAAGACCCGCAGAAUUAUCAAAGACAUUCUGUAGUUUAUACACCGUGUUGCAAAGUGUUUACUGUACUAUUUCAAAGCUUCUAAAUAAAUAUAAAAUAUAUAUAUAUUAUAUUAUAUAUAAUUUUCCGAAAAUCGUGGUACAACUUAGUUGAUUUUUAAAUGGAUUCAUACAGUCUACACCAUACACUAAAGUGAGAAGAGAAUUCAGGGUUCCUAAGCUAUCCUUGCUAAAAACAAAAAUAAAAUAAACCUUUAAUAGUACUUCCCCAAUAUUCGUAUUUUGGUCAAUCCCAUUUUUCUUGUUUUAAAAAAAAAAAAAAAAAAGCUGUAAGCAACAACAUUUUGUCAAAAAAUUGUAAUGAAUUUUCAAUGCCAAAGAUGCAGCUGUCAAUAUUACCCGAAUGAGCGCUAUGUACUAUCAGAGGUAUAAAUCACUCUCCAUUAUUUUGCUUAUGUUUCUAUGGUUUUUAAUUUGGAAUCACAAAAUCUUUUUUAAGGCUCUAUAAAUUCACCUGUAUAUGUUGUUAAAAAGAACACUGGGUGUCUGUACAUUUUGCAAUGUAAGAUAUAAUGUAAGUGAAGUUAAGUAUUUUAAGAAAAUCAUCCCAAGCUCAUAAAUACUCAUACAUACAUACGUACAUACACACACACAAACACCCACACAUCUCUCUUUGACAUAGUUUUGUGAAACUAUACAAAUAUAUUGCCUAAAAAUAUUUCUCUUGUGGCUAGGAAUAGUUGUUGAUAGAAUUGAAAUUACAAAGGCAAAGUAUAUGCCAAACUAUUGACUCUUUUAUCACAAAGGAGAUUUCCAAUUAGGAACAUGGCACAUUCUCAGCUGACCCCUCUCCCAUUGGAGUAAAAAUGGUGUUGGCCACCAUCUUUGUUGGGAAAAGGAUUAAGCCCUUGCAUAUAAUCUUUAUGUUCUGUAAUAAUUCUGUGGUCUGAAGCAGUAUCUUAGAGCGUUUCUUUUCUAUGAAAUAUUGAAAAAGAGUAAAAUUUCGAAGGUAAAGUUUAAAAUUACUUUCAUGUCCAUGGAGUUUAAGUACCAUUUACUAAAUGUAAAAAUCUAGUAAAAUGUUUUUUUCUUUUUU